CCCGGAUGGCAGAACCCGUCCUCACACCCCUGGCACUCCGACUUUCAUGCGUCAAAGGGGAAGAAACCUGCAGGGCUCAGAACCAGACCUGUUGCAUCGCUGUCACUUCACUUCCCACAGCUCUCUAGAGCCUCCGCUUAGUCCUUCACGAUCUAAGAGCCCCUGGAGUAAACUAGAUCCUUAUGAUUCUCCUGAGGAUCAAGAUAAGGAAUAUGUUGGAUUUGCAACACUUCCCAACCAAGUACACAGAAAAUCUGUGAAAAAAGGCUUUGCCUUUACGCUGAUGGUAGCCGGGGAGUCUGGUUUAGGAAAGUCCACGUUGGUCAAAAGUCUUUUCCUAACAGAUGUCUACAAGGACAGGACACUGCUAAAUGCUGAAGAAAGGAUCAGCAAAACGGUGGAAAUCACCAAACAUACCGUUGGCAUUGAGGAGAAAGGUGUGAAACUCAAGCUCACCAUUGUGGACACACCAGGCUUUGGAGAUGCUGUCAACAACACUGAGAGCUGGAAGCCAGUUGUAGAUUUUAUCGACCAUCAGUUUGAGCAGUACUUCAGGGACGAGAGUGGUUUGAACCGCAAGAACAUUCAGGACAACCGAGUGCAUUGCUGUCUCUAUUUCAUCUCACCAUAUGGCCAUGGCCUCAGGCCGGUCGACUUAGAGUUUAUGAGUGCUCUACAUGAGAAGGUCAACCUAGUGCCUGUGCUGGGUAAAGCAGACUGCCUCACACCACUGGAACUGGCACGGAAGAAAAAAAAGAUCCGAGAGGAGAUCGAGAGGUUCGGGAUCAACAUCUACCAGUUCCCUGAGUGCGAUUCGGACGAGGACGAUGAUGUUAAAAUCAGAGAUCAAGACCUGAAAGAUAGUAUUCCCUUUGCUGUGGUCAGCAGUAACAUUCUUGUUGAAAUCAAAGGCAGGAGAGUCCGAGGCCGUGCGUAUCCUUGGGGUGUGGUCGAAGUGGAAAACCCCGCCCACUCGGACUUCCUGAAGCUUAGGAACAUGCUGGUUCGCACCCACAUGCAGGACCUAAAGGACGUGACGCAGGAAACCCAUUAUGAGAACUACCGCUCUGAGUGCAUCCGGAACAUGACACUAAUGGUGGUCAGAGAGAGAAAACGCAGGUCUGCACACAGCACACAGGGGGUCACUUUGGGAGUCUCACGCUAAAGAUCUAGCUUCCUAACACGAGGAUGUCUGGCGCCUGGAAAACUUUAUUUGGGAAUGCAGCAUGAUGGUAGUUAAAGGUUAAAGGUUGCGAUCUGAUUGGCUAGUAAUGCUUCCAUGUGUGAUCAUUUCCGUACACCUCUUUCCACCAGGAACACAAACUAUUAAACCCAGUGACUUGGUGAGCCUUUCAGAACAAGAGUCACUGAAUCAAACAUGAUUCAUGUUUAAAAAGAUGUUUGUUUGAAACAGAGAUGAGAAAAUACCAAAAUGACUA